AUGGCAUGUCGUGUGCCUGGAGCAUCGAGUCCAAGUGCAUUGUGGAACUUGAUCGAGCAACAGAAAGACGUGCAGCGGAAGAUGCCAGAGAACAGAUUCAACGUUGAUAGUUUCUACCAUCCAGAUGGUAAAAAUAAGGGAACGACUGUUCAGACAAAUGCUCGAUAUGGCUACUUUUUGGAUCAGGACCUCGGGGCGUUCGAUCCGGGAUUUUUCAAUAUCUCGGGGAAACGAGGCUGA